GAAAAGCGGAAGAGCUUAGAGGCACACGGGGUCGAUUCUCGAUUCGAAUUCGUUUUGUUUGCAAAAACUAAACAAAUGAUCCUUCAGCAUCUCCGCCUCGCUUGGCGGCUUUAUCAGGGUUGUCGGUUCUCGAGAUGAUACCACCGCUGAAUGGCUCCGGUUCACUGUCUAGUCCAGCCUAGACGUGUGGAUAUUCACAAGGUUCCGGCCAAAGUGUCUGCAGGACAUAGGCACAGACCAAAGAGUGAAUUAAAAGCUGGGAGAGAGAAUCCUCUAUGACAGUUGAUUUCAUGUCUUUACUAAAUAUAACCUCAUCAUAUUUGAAGAGAGGGAAUAUUGACUUUAAAAGUAAGUUCAGGUCAAGAUUGAAUAGAAGCUUGGAUCUAAUGAAACUUGUCUUGCUUAUCUUUUAAUCAAACCCCUUUCGGUAUAUAUCAAAUGGUCUGCUCUUUCUUAAGGAAAUAAGUACUUAUGAGUCUUACUAACAUUAGUCAUUUAAGAGAGUAAAUGGUAUUUUCUGAAACAUUAACUUUUGUUUCGAUGUUUGAUUCUUAUAUAGAAUAUAUCUUACAAUGUGGUGAUACUAAAUGUUAAAAUCAAAACACCUUGUUUGUAUUUCAAUUUUAAUAUUUUUACUAUUUAUUGGAAGUGUUUCUUAUUGCAUUCUGUCACAUUUGUACUCAAAUGUUUUGUGAAGGGGAGGUACUUAUUAAAGAUUUGAGGAAAGAGUGAAAUGAUGAAAAUGAAUUUGUGAAUUCUCAUCACAGAGAAGAAAAAAAUGAGGGCAAAAAAAAAAAAAAAGUUAAAUAAUUGACUGGGAUCCACCUAGCAGGUCACUAGAAUCCAGAAAUCCUUUCUUCCAGCCUGUGGUUUCUCCACUGUCGGAGGCAGAGCAGAUGGAAUGAAUUGGUGCAAAGUCAAAAACAUCUGAACGUUCCUACUACAAGAGUACUGCCUUGGUGACUCCCCUAAGAUCCUGCCUUAAUGUAGCAAUGACAGUGGGAACGUGUACCCAUUUCGCAAUUCAAAAACUUAAAUACUUGCAAACGUUCUUACUCUGCAAUAUCACCCAAUCUCACCCAAUCUGAUGGUUUUGAAUAUUAUCAAUGCAAUUACCAACUUUUCUAACUAGAAAGAAAAAAAAGAAAAAGACAGACAGGAAGUUGGCUAGGAAGUAAGAUACCUGAUUCAGACAGUUUGAACAUCAAGAAUGUGCGGCGUGGCUGGGUGAGGUGUCUGGAUCCCAAGGAGAAGUGUAAGACUGAACAAAGACGAAACAAGUCAAAAGCCCAUUUUCAAAGUGGUGGUGGGGGGGGGGGGUUCAACAUCUCACACUGCACCUUGUAAAUUAGAACUUGGCCCUUUAACUGUGUGAUUUUAGUCCUCUAUCCAUUUCAGUAUGCUUAGGAACAGCUAUUACCCUGGAGCCGUUAUAACACGUGAAAGACCGUGCGAGAUGAGUGCUUUACAUCUCUUUUUAAAUUUUCAGAUGUAAUGAAAGUACAAGAUAAAUGAACCCCCAUAUGCCUAUCACCCAUGCUGAACAAGGAUAUCUCCUAAUUUAAUCAUCCCUUUCCCCCUCUGAGGGAUUCCUAAUCCUGACUGACAGGUGGUAAACAGGCGCAGAGAUCCCUGAACAAGCUCAAGGCCGCCAGAUACCAGGGGCGGGGUCAGGAUUCCCACGCCCCGAUUCCAAACACCACCCCAGCCCGUCCCUUCGUGCGCGUGUCAUUACCAUUCUUCUCCCUUCUUCUGCCACCUCGUGGGAAAAAAGUGCCUUCCCCGUGACAAAGCCUCCUGUGUCCCCGCUCCCAGGUCGCGUAGGGCAUGGAGCUGGAGAACUAUGAACAGCCCGUGGUUCUGAGAGAGGACAACCGCCGCCGGCGCCGGAGGAUGAAGCCGCGCAGCUCCGCGGCCAGCCUGUCCUCCAUGGAGCUCAUCCCCAUCGAGUUCGUGCUGCCCACCAGCCAGCGCAACAGCAAGACCCCCGAGACGGCGCUGCUGCACGUAGCCGGCCACGGCAACGUGGAGCAGAUGAAGGCCCAGGUGUGGCUGCGCGCGCUGGAGACCAGCGUGGCGGCGGACUUCUACCACCGGCUCGGCCCGGACCACUUCCUCCUGCUCUACCAGAAGAAGGGUCAGUGGUACGAGAUCUACGACAAGUACCAGGUGGUGCAGACCCUGGACUGCCUGCGCUACUGGCAGGUGCUGCACCGGAGCCCCGGCCAGAUCCACGUGGUGCAGCGGCGCGCACCCUCCGAGGAGACACUGGCCUUCCAGCGGCAGCUCACCGCCCUCAUCGGCUACGACGUCACCGACGUCAGCAACGUGCACGACAACGAGCUCGAGUUCACGCGCCGCCGCCUGGUCACCCCGCGCAUGGUCGAGGUGGCGGGCCGCGACCCCAAGCUCUACGCCAUGCACCCGUGGGUGACCUCCAAGCCCCUCCCGGAGUACCUGCUGAAGAAGAUCACCAACAACUGCAUCUUCAUCGUCAUUCACCGCAGCACCACCAGCCAGACCAUCAAGGUCUCGGCCGACGACACCCCAGGCACCAUCCUCCAGAGCUUCUUCGCCAAGAUGGCCAAGAAGAAGUCUCUGAUGGACAUCCCCGAGAGCCAAAACGAACAGGACUUUGUGCUGCGCGUGUGCGGCCGGGAUGAGUACCUGGUGGGUGAAACGCCCAUCAGAAACUUCCAGUGGGUGAGGCAUUGCCUCAAGAACGGAGAAGAGAUUCACCUGGUGCUGGACUCGCCUCCGGACCCAGCCCUGGACGAGGUGAGGAAAGAAGAGUGGCCCCUGGUGGACGACUGCACGGGAGUCACUGGCUACCACGAGCAGCUGACCAUCCAUGGGAAGGACCACGAGAGUGUGUUCACCGUGUCCCUGUGGGACUGCGACCGGAAGUUCAGGGUCAAAAUCAGAGGCAUUGAUAUCCCUGUCCUGCCCCGGAAUGCUGAUCUCACGGUUUUUGUGGAGGCCAACAUCCAGCAUGGGCAGCAGGUGCUUUGCCAAAGGAGAACCAGCCCCAAACCCUUCACCGAGGAGGUGCUCUGGAAUGUGUGGCUCGAGUUCAGCAUCAAAAUCAAAGACUUGCCCAGAGGGGCUCUACUGAACCUCCAGAUCUAUUGCAGCAAAACUCCAGCCCUGUCCGGCAAGGUGGCCGCAGAGAGCCCCAGCUCCGAGUCCAAAGGCAAAGCGCAGCUUCUCUAUUACGUGAACCUGCUGCUGAUAGACCACCGGUUCCUGCUGCGCCAUGGGGAGUACGUGCUCCACAUGUGGCAGAUCUCCGGGAAGGGAGAAGACCACGGGAGCUUCAAUGCCGACAAGCUCACAUCGGCGACCAACCCAGACAAGGAGAACUCCAUGUCCAUCUCCAUUCUUCUGGACAAUUACUGCCACCCCAUCGCCUUGCCUAAGCAUCGGCCCACGCCUGACCCUGAAGGGGACCGGGUUCGGGCGGAAAUGCCCAACCAGCUUCGCAAGCAACUGGAGGCAAUCAUUGCCACGGAUCCACUGAACCCUCUCACCGCAGAGGACAAAGAACUGCUCUGGCAUUUCAGAUACGAAAGUCUUAAGCAUCCAAAGGCCUAUCCUAAGCUGUUUAGCUCCGUAAAAUGGGGACAACAAGAGAUUGUAGCCAAAACAUACCAACUGUUAGCCAGACGGGAGGUCUGGGACCAAAGUGCUUUGGAUGUUGGGUUAACAAUGCAGCUCCUGGACUGCAACUUUUCGGAUGAAAACGUAAGAGCCAUCGCAGUUCAGAAACUGGAGAGCUUGGAGGACGAUGACGUCUUGCAUUACCUGCUACAGCUGGUCCAGGCUGUGAAAUUUGAACCCUAUCAUGACAGCGCCCUGGCCCGAUUUCUGCUGAAGCGAGGCUUAAGAAACAAAAGAAUCGGUCAUUUCUUGUUUUGGUUCUUGAGAAGCGAGAUAGCCCAGUCCCGGCACUAUCAGCAGAGGUUCGCCGUGAUCCUGGAAGCCUACCUGAGGGGCUGCGGCACUGCCAUGCUCCACGACUUCACCCAACAAGUUCACGUGAUCGAGACGCUGCAGAAGGUCACCAUUGAUAUUAAGUCGCUCUCUGCUGAGAAGUAUGAUGUCAGUUCCCAAGUUAUUUCACAACUUAAGCAAAAGCUUGAAAACCUGCAGAAUGCGAAUCUCCCCAAAAGCUUUAGAGUGCCAUAUGAUCCUGGACUGAAGGCGGGAGCCUUAGUGAUUGAAAAAUGUAAAGUGAUGGCCUCCAAGAAGAAGCCGCUGUGGCUUGAGUUUAAAUGUGCCGACCCCACAGCCCUAUCCAGCGAAACGAUUGGAAUUAUCUUUAAACACGGCGAUGACCUGCGCCAAGACAUGCUGAUUUUACAGAUUCUACGAAUCAUGGAAUCCAUUUGGGAGACUGAAUCUUUGGAUCUGUGCCUCCUGCCAUAUGGUUGCAUUUCAACUGGGGACAAAAUAGGAAUGAUCGAGAUCGUGAAAGAUGCCACAACAAUUGCCAAAAUUCAGCAAAGCACAGUGGGCAACACAGGUGCAUUCAAAGAUGAGGUCCUGAAUCAUUGGCUCAAAGAAAAAUGCCCCAUUGAAGAAAAGUUUCAGGCAGCCGUGGAGAGAUUUGUUUAUUCCUGCGCCGGCUACUGUGUGGCUACCUUUGUUCUUGGAAUAGGCGACAGGCACAACGACAAUAUUAUGAUCACGGAGACAGGAAACCUAUUUCAUAUUGACUUUGGACACAUUCUUGGGAAUUACAAAAGUUUCCUGGGCAUUAAUAAAGAAAGAGUGCCGUUUGUGCUAACCCCAGACUUCCUGUUUGUGAUGGGAACUUCUGGAAAGAAGACAAGCCUACACUUCCAGAAAUUUCAGGACGUGUGUGUCAAGGCUUACCUUGCCCUUCGUCACCACACAAACCUGCUGAUCAUCCUGUUCUCCAUGAUGCUGAUGACGGGAAUGCCCCAGUUAACCAGCAAAGAAGAUAUCGAAUAUAUUCGGGAUGCCCUAACAGUGGGGAAGAACGAGGAGGAAGCUAAGAAGUAUUUCCUGGAUCAGAUCGAAGUUUGCAGAGACAAAGGAUGGACGGUGCAGUUUAACUGGUUCCUGCAUCUUGUUCUGGGCAUCAAACAAGGAGAGAAGCACUCCGCCUGAUUCUCCAGGCUAGAACGUAGAACCAGUGCGGGUCCUAGAGCUUUAGGUCAGCACGUCCGUCAUCGAACUCGGAUCUGAAAGGUAACAGGACAUCGCGAAGGUUGGCAUUUCAGAAAGACGGCCCCGUUCCUAGCUGGACUCUUCGCUGGAGGAAAAUACUGGCAUGUCACAUUGUCUAAGUCACGUUAGGUUUUAGGCUUAUGCCCAGGUUUGUUUUUUCUCUCAUUUGCCUCAGUGAUGUCGGAGAACAAUCUAAGUUUAAACGUCUAAGUUUAAACAAACUAAUUACUUCCUCAUGGUGCCUGCUGAUUUGAUUAUCUCGUCAUUGAGUGCUUCUCGAGAAUAAUUGGUGACAUGUCUUUUCAUCUGGGUUUACCCUCAAUUUUGGUUAUUCUUGCGUUCCUCAAGCCCUUGAGAGAAAAUGUUAUCACUGUACCUUUCUCUCAUUCCCCAAAGGACACUUCCAAACACUCCCUCUUUGUCUGUAGAGGUUAGUGACUUGCUGAAAGCAAAGGCAAGCUAGCCUUUUUAGUGUCGCUUGUAAUUAGGGUCUUUUAUAGCAUACAAUGGAGACGCAUGGACACACUCUGGAAAACCUGAACCGUUGGACCCCGGCCCUCCCGGGUGGGUCUGGCUGCAGGCUUAUGAAGAGAAUAGCAGAGAUAAGACCCUUCAUCUCAACUCCACCCAAGAGUCAAUGGUCAAGUACAGUUACUCCAGCCUUCACUAGUGGAAACAGGAGGAAACUAAAGGGACCCCCCCCCCAAUUUUUUUAACCUUUUAAUCUUCCUCCCUGCCUCCCUUCUUCCUUAAUGGCUAACCCUCCUACAACUUGUUACCCAAGUUGUGAAAUCCUCAGAACAUAUCUACCUUAGAAUUCAAACAAUAGUUGAAAAACAAUUUCUCCUCUAGGGUUACUGAAAUUUUAGGUACUUCUUUGUAGAAAUGUUUGGAGUUGGUUUUUUUUUAAGUAUAUUAUUAAAGAGGACAUUCUAGGAAAUAGGGGUUCGUUUCCAAAUGCCUUAAUUUUAAAUUUUAGCCUAAGCAGUUGUUUUUUGUUUUUUUUUUCAGUGGAAGAAGGUCUUUGAGCUCUAAACAAUACAUCCAGUUAGGAAACACACUACGUGCACUGGCCAUCUCUUAGUUUAGAGGACUUUGAAACUCUGAUGUAUUCUUCAGAUUUCCUAGAAGCUGAAAUGUCUUCUCUAAAAACUAUUUUCAUCUCCUAAAUAUUCUAUAGUGGAAGCCUUUAACCAUAGAGAAAGAUCAUUAAAUUAUUUAUAAAAUAUUUUAAAACUACCUAUAGUUGGUACUUUACCUAGAAAUAACUCUGGUCACAGUGCCUACAUUUUCACAUGAUCACAUCUAAAUAGAUAUUUAAUUUAAAAUUUUUCUGAAUAGAUGCCUGUUUGACUUCAGUGUAGCCCAAACUUUUCUUUUUGUGUAUGCAAAAGCCCUUUGAAGGUAUAGGUAACACUGCUCCCUUCCCGCUGAGCCUUUGCCUGGCUCAUGAGGGGUCUAGAAUGAUCUCUUCCUUGACAAGCUAUCCUUUUAAAAUCACACUCUAUCCUCCUAUAGAGAGGACCAUGCCCUGUAAUGAAAUGUUUAAUCCUCUGUCUUAAUGGAAGAUGGAUGUUUUAUGGCAUUUUUCCAACAACUAUUCCCCACCAUUCUUUUGAAGAAAAAUAGGAAGAAUGAUGCUUUCUAAUUCAGAAGAGGCUGUAUUCAUUAUUCUUAUAAAGAACAGACAAACUUGGCCUUGCUACAGAUUCUGCUUUUUAUUUGAAUUGCUGAAAUAAUCGUCUUUGAUAGAAGAAUCACAGAGGAAUGUGUUUAUAUUUAGCUUAUUGGCACAUGGGCACACCUAUUUUCACUUCAAACGAACAGGUUCUUACGCUGGUACACAUCACCUUGGGCUUGACUCCUCCAUAUUUCACUGAACUUGAACUCUUCAGACUUGCCGAUAAAAAUCACCUUUACAUGUUUCCUUCCUUUGUUCCUCCCAGGGAAUCACAUGAUCCACAACUUUUAGAUCUUUGAAAACGUUCUAGAACGAGGGCCAUCUCCUCCUGGGAGGAGAUUUGGGGGAGCUACCCACGACUCAAUCUUCCCUGCCAGAUGAAAACAGAAAUUACAAGUCAGAGGAUUCUGGCCAAAGCAGAUUUUGUGUGUGUCCGGGACUGGCUACAUAAUUUGCAGAGCCCAGUGCAAAAUGAAAACGUGGGGGCCUGCCAUUCCAAAAUUGUUAAGAAGCUCAAGACAGCGAGAGAGCACAGAAACAAGCCCAGGGCUAGACCGGUCACAAGCCCAUGAAGCUGAAACUGUAUAUAUCUGAAUAAUGGCUUUGGUGCUCGCUUUUCCAUUUGGACUAUGUGCGAGUUCCAAUAAAGUGCCCAGAUCAAAAUGUUAUUUCUGUUCUAAUUAAAAUACCUCAUUUCUAUGGCUAUACAUUAGGACUUCAAACACUGGCCCAUUGUUUUAGACUGGAACCAUGGCCACUAAAAGUAGCACAAAGCAGGUGUUCAAGCCCUAGCCCUGUAGGACUGUAUUUGACUAGCUUUAGUGAAAGUGUGAGGGAGUGGAGACAUUAUAGGUAAAGUAUGGAAACCCUGAGAGAAAACUCUGGACUUUUAAAAAAUAUUAAGUAUAUAUUUUACAGGAGAUGAAUUAUUUUUUUAAAGAAAGAUUAGAUAUAGGAAAUCUGCAGGAAAAUUUGGAGGCUGUGAGUUCUUUGUAAAUGGAACAUAUUUUUGGAAAUGAGCCAAAAAUGAUUGAGGAAGUAAAUUUCUGGAGCAAAUUCUGGCAUUUGGUAAACCUAGGCUCUGUUUGCCAUGGCCAUGAAAUAAAUUGCCAAUUGUGUUUUACGAUACAAAGAAAAAAAUGGGGUGAUUUUUAAGAGUUCUGCUAUCUUAUUUCUGUUUAACCCAACCUAAAAAUUCCAGUUAAUAAAUGUGGUUCUAGUCUG